AGCUGCGACGACUCGUAGAAAACUUACCCUAGCUUUAGUUCCGAGGAGACCUCCGGGUCGGGAAAGGGUGACCGGAAGCGAGGCUAGGACUGACCGGAAGUGAGGCCUGUGGAGGGGAAGAGGGGAAAGCAGGCCGCGAGGGGUGGGAUACUUGUGGGGAGGGUUGGGGGUGGGGUGGGUGGGGAGCCAGGAGACCAGCGGUUUGAGCUGCCCGCGGGCCGGGAGCCGGGGGCCUGUGGCCGAGGAGGGUUGGGUCGGGGACUGGCUGCAGCCUGGGGUGGGACGGCGGGGAGAUCCCGGAUCUGUGUGUCUGCGCUCUAGUUGUGCUGUGGAGGAGCCCCGAGCGGCCUCGUCAGGGGCCAGGCAGGGGGUCCCAGAGGCCUGGGAGGGGGCAGCCCAGGGCCGAAGGCCGGCUGUGGGUGUCGGGGUGGGCGUGUGCGGACUUCCCUUUAGCAGCGGCUCGGGGGAGCGGAACUGCACCCCCGCCGCCCCGGUCGGUGCUCGCGGAGUCCCCGCCUAGCGAGAGAAAGGCCGCUGUCUACCAGGGGGCCCUUUGGAAGGAGGCAGGAUGGCCUGGGCCCUGAAGCUGCCGCUGACCGACGAGGUGAUCGAGUCCGGGCUGGUGCAGGACUUUGACGCGAGUCUGUCCGGGAUCGGCCAGGAGCUGGGCGCGGGGGCCUAUAGCAUGAGUGAUGUCCUUGCAUUGCCCAUUUUUAAACAAGAAGAGUCAAGUUUACCACCUGACGAUGAGAAUAAAAUCCUACCUUUCCAGUAUGUGCUUUGUGCUGCUACCUCUCCUGCAGUAAAGCUCCAUGAUGAAACACUCACAUAUCUCAAUCAAGGACAGUCUUAUGAAAUCCGAAUGCUGGACAACAGGAAACUUGGAGAACUUCCAGAAAUCAAUGGCAAGUUAGUGAAGAGUAUAUUUCGAGUGGUGUUCCAUGACAGACGACUGCAGUACACUGAGCAUCAGCAGCUUGAGGGCUGGAGAUGGAACAGGCCAGGGGAUAGAAUCCUUGAUAUAGAUAUUCCAAUGUCUGUAGGUAUAAUUGACCCUAGGGCAAAUCCAACACAACUGAAUACUGUGGAGUUUCUCUGGGACCCUGCAAAGAGGACAUCUGUGUUUAUUCAGGUACAUUGUAUCAGCACAGAGUUCACUAUGAGAAAACAUGGUGGAGAAAAGGGUGUGCCAUUCCGAGUUCAGAUUGACACCUUCAAGGAGAAUGAGAAUGGAGAAUACACUGAACACUUGCAUUCAGCCAGCUGUCAGAUCAAAGUUUUCAAGCCCAAAGGUGCAGACAGGAAGCAAAAAACAGACAGGGAGAAAAUGGAGAAGCGAACCCCUCAUGAAAAGGAAAAAUACCAACCUUCCUAUGAGACAACUAUACUCACGGAGUGUUCUCCAUGGCCUGAGAUCACAUAUGUCAAUAAUUCCCCAUCACCUGGCUUUAACAGUUCUCAUAGCAGUUUUUCAAUCGGAGAAGGGAAUGGUUCACCAAAUCACCAGCCAGAACCACCUCCUCCAGUUGCAGAUAACCUUCUGCCAACAACUACCCCUCAGGAAGCUCAACAGUGGUUACAUCGCAACCGAUUCUCCACGUUCUCACGGCUUUUCACAAACUUCUCAGGUGCAGAUUUAUUGAAGUUAACCAGAGAUGACGUUAUCCAAAUUUGUGGCCCUGCUGAUGGAAUCCGACUCUUCAAUGCCUUAAAAGGGAGGAUGGUGAGGCCCAGGCUGACGAUUUAUGUUUGCCAGGAAUCCUUGCAGUUGAGGGAGCAGCAGCAGCAGCAGCAGCAGCAGCAACAGCAGCAGCAGCAGCAGAAACAUGAGAACGGAGACUCAAAUGGUGCUUUCUUUGUGUACCAUGCCAUCUAUCUGGAAGAACUGACAGCUGUUGAGCUGACAGAGAAAAUCGCUCAGCUUUUCAGUAUCUCCCCUUGUCAGAUCAGUCAGAUCUACAAACAGGGGCCGACAGGAAUACAUGUGCUCAUCAGUGAUGAGAUGAUUCAGAACUUUCAGGAGGAAGCUUGUUUUGUUCUGGACACAAUGAAAGCUGAAACCAAUGAUAGCUACCACAUCAUAUUGAAAUAGAAGGGGAGCAUCCCAUGCUGGGUAGCUGCUGCUUCCUUGACCCAUUGGACACUCCUCCUCUUGCAGAGGGAUAUGGAUAGAGAGUUGGAGGUCUGCAAGAGCCUGACUGAUGGAGAGUGGGAGGUGGGGUGGUGCUACACUCCGGAGGUGGAAUCCCAGCCCUCCGUUCUUAUCCCAACCCUUUUGCCACACACAGAUUCCUGUUGGGCAUGCAAUUCUGCAGCUAUUUCUUAGUUACAAUUUCUGGACUGUGUUGUUGAGUAUUGAUAGAAACUUGUCGCAUCAUUUAGGUUUUACAUAGGGCAUAAUGAUGAUGGUAACUGUGUGAUGUUUAAUUGAAAGACGUUAAAUUUUAUGAUAAUCUGGAGCCAUGUAAUUUUUUUUCUAAUAUAUAAAUAAAAAUGAAUCUCUAUACUCUUUAGACUACCCACCAACCAACUCCCCCAUGACAUACCUGCAGUCUCUGCUUUCACUGCAGUGUAUUUGCUCCUGGAAAGCAGAAUGGUGGGCAAAAAAAUUUUUUCCCAUGUACCGUAUAUCCUGCCAUUACCCUCUUGGACACCACAUGGUGAUCCUGCAUUGCUGUGGUGAAAUGUGAGUUUACAUGGAGGACUGAGGAAAUGAACUGCCAAAAGUGACCUAUUAAUAGGGUCAGAGAUAUGAAAAAUGAAAUAUAAGUGCGUGUACUCUCUCUUUGGGGGGGGGGGGCACUAUUAUAAAAUAAAGUUGGCAGGAUUUGAGCACUGA